AUGGAAUCAGAAACCCUAACCGAAAAGACCGUACCGAACCACCUAGACGAGACCAAGACAGAGCGAACAGAGUUCGAGAAAAAUCAGAAACGGUACCAAGACCUAAUCGCCACGUUUCCUCACGUGAAAGGCUGGAGACCGAAAGCUCCGCUUACAGAGUACGGUGGUCACUGGAUGAUACAGCCUCUCCUUGAAGGUUGCCUUUACGCGCAAGACUUCUUCAAAGCGCGACCUAUUGAUUUCUUCGUUUGUACCUACCCAAAGUCAGGUACUACUUGGCUCAAAGCACUAGCUUUCGCCGUAGCUAAUCGGUCUCGCUUCGACGAUUCGUCAAACCCUCUCUUAAAACGUAACCCUCACGAGCUUGUUCCUUUCAUUGAGAUCGAAUUUGCUUUCUUCCCUCAAGUUGAUGUUCUCAAUGAUAAAAGGAACACUCUGUUUUCGACUCAUAUGCCACACGGGCUAUUACCCGAGUCGAUUACGAAAUCGGGUUGUAAGAUGGUUUACAUCUGGAGAGACCCAAAGGACACAUUCCUCUCCAUGUGGACAUUCUUCCAUAAGCAAAAGUCAGACCAUGGCCCUCUCAAUAGUCUUGAGGAGUCUUUUGAUAUGUUCUGUCGAGGUUUCUCCGGGUACGGUCCUUAUCUAGAUCAUGUCUUGUCGUAUUGGAAUGCUUACCAAGAGAAUCCAGAUCAGAUCUUGUUCCUCAAGUACGAGACGAUGAGAGCUGAUCCUUUGCCGUAUGUGAAGAGAUUGGCUGAGUUUAUGAGUUAUGGAUUCACAGCUGAGGAAGAGAAGGAAGGGAUUGUUGAGAAAAUUGUGAAUCUAUGCAGUUUCGAGACGUUGAAGAAUCUUGAAGCCAACAAAGGGGAUAAAGACAGAGAAGACAUUCCUUGGAGUUUUUAUCCGAAUAGCGCGUAUUUCAGGACAGGAAAGGUCGGAGAUUGGCAGAACUAUCUGACUCCGGAGAUGGCAACUCGAAUCGAUGGAUUGAUGGAAGAGAAAUUCAAGGGCACCGGUUUGCUUGAGCAUGGUAAAUGA